AUGGUACGUAAAGGAAAUAAAGUCAAGUGUACCAGUCGCGCGGCAAGUCCGGUGAUACAUGAGCACAUAUUCCAUUUGCAUGUUUCCCGCGACUCGCUGGAUGAAGUCGACUACGUAAUUCCUGAACUUUUGCCUCCGGUGUCAAAAAGUCCUGAUAAUGCUCGCAUUUCCUCGUCGACUAAUCCUGCCUCCCGUGUCGAGCCGCUCUGUGCUCGAAGAUCUUCUUCGAUGUUUCAACUUUGCCGCACCAUGAAGGAGUCAAAAUAUCAUGAUGCGUUGACCAAAAGUCAGAUGUUUUAUUUAAUCUUUGCCAUAUUUGUUGCUUUUGCUAAAGCCACUGCGUCCAAUGUAAUAUUGCCAUUCGAAAAUAUGAAGUCAAACAAUAUCUCAAAACCUGAAAGUUAUUCAAGGGAAAUCCUGAACAUUGAAUUUGGCUCGCAGCUUCAGUCGAGUAUUAAACAUUCAGAUUCAGAUUUUCGUGACAGCAAUCAUAAUAAGAGCGAAAUAAGCUUGAAGUACUCGACUGAGAAUUUGGUGAGUGACUACAAACAAAACCACAGCGAUACACCACUGAACGACUUCCAUACACGGACUUUCAGAGAAGAGAUGAAUCGACAGCACUUCGGUGGUUACCGGGUGCGUAGACGAGAUCGUUUCUGGAUGCAUAAUAACAGAACUAUUCUGAGGAAAACGCGAGGUGUUUGGUUUGAUCCCUCUUUUGAAAAGACUACAAGAAAAUAUACAAAUGCUUCUGAAGGAGCCAGGAACCUCUGGCAAGACCACUCGAGUGAUUUGCAAUCCGAGAGAUUCUCAUCGGACUCACACUCGGUGGAGAGAGAUACGGAAGUUACUUCUCCGUAUUUGCCUUCCACCAGCGUUGAUAUCAGCAACGAGUCGAACGUACGCCAUUACAAAGAGAAACUAGAAGAACUGAAAUCUACAAUAAAGUUUGAGCGAUCAGGCUACACCUCUAAUUGGAUUGCGGCCACUCCAACAGAAUCUUCUGGGAAUUCUUUGCGCCACACAAACAGGUUUGAGCCGCACCACUUCCCAGGGUAUUACUUGUCUUCGCGAGACGUGAAAGUUCUUUUGCCUUUUCGUGGUGGCGGAGCAGGCCACGGGAGGUCCAAUGGCUUGACAGACAGAAGCUCAAGGCUCUUAAGGUCAGACUCACAUAAAUGGAGGCUCUCCCGACCUGUAAAAUACUCGCGCUCUCAACAACAGGAGUCAAGACGCUCGAAUUACUUCGUAAAAGACAGCUACGUUGGUUGGCUCGAAGGAUCUCUCGAUGAAAAUAAAAAGGAGCGUACUUCUCCCAGCAUUGAAACGAUUCUUGGCAAAAGUUCCGAGAGAAAAUACGGCCGCAGAAGAUCAAGCCUCAGCAAUAAACAACCGCGGGUCAAGUAUCCAAGACCGGAUUCCUACGGUGGAUUUAAUGAAAACCCUCCAGCUACGGAUAACACGUUUAGCGUCUUGAAAAAUCUGACUCACACGCGGUCGAAGGGCAGUAGAUUUCUGCCAAUUAUGUUGGCCGACGAAGCAACUUCGUUUACGACAGAUGAUGAUCAAUUCAGAUCUACGUUGGGAAAAGAUGAUGCAAAAUCCCAGGGAACGAAGGAUGUGAAGAAUGACGAUCACGAUAAUGAAGGAAAACCAGUGUCCACGACCAGGCUUUGGAGUCACGUUGUUGACUCUCGGAAGAAAGCGCGACUGAAAAGAAAGAUCGAAAUGGUGUCCGUGUCGGUGGUGGCCGGCGACACUGCAACGCUGCCCUGUAGCCUGGACACGCGAGAGCCAGAAGAUUCCGUCCAGAUCGUUUUGUGGAUCAAGGAAGGCAUCCACACUCCGCUCUAUAGUUACGACUACCGGGAGCUGCUGGGCGGGAAGCCGAAGCAGACGAAGCCUGACACGAACUCGACGCUAGCGCAGCGCACCACCUUCAGAACAGACGCGCAGCCCGCAGCACUGGUUUUUAACUCAACCAAAACAAAAACUAAUGUUCGAGUGCCCCCUCAUCCUGCUCUCCCCGACACGCAUCCUGCUCUCCCCGACACGCAUCCUACUCUCUCCGACAACCAUCCUGCUCUCCCCGACACUCUUCCUGCUUUCCCCGACACGAAUAUCUCGUCAUAUCUAAGUUACCAACUUCCUGAUGCACAAAUAAAAAUUUUUAUUUCAGUUCCCCCUAAGCGCGCCCGCGUCACGUGGCGUCUCGCUAACAGCGAACGCCCCGCAGCCGCGGCGACGCUGCCCGCACAAGAAGGCGUCAUCGGUCCCUUCAGAGCGGGGGACCAGCCAGUGCUGCUCUGCGCCAGUGAUGACGCGUUUCCGCCGCCAUCUGUGGUGUGGUUCGAAGGAGAUAAAAUCCUAGACGAGUCCUACGAAGUUGCCGAAAGCCCAGGAAAUGAGGGGCAAAGAGGGGCUGAAACUUUCUUGACUGUCAGCAACGAGUUGACGUUGCCGCAGCUGACGAGGGAAGAUCUUGCGAGGCGACUGACGUGCAACGCCAGCAACAACAACCAAACGCAACCAGCCACCAAGACCGUGGUCUUAUCCAUGAUACUGGGCAUAGUGGCUGUACGGGUGGAGACAGUGGCAAGUGGUGGAGAUGGUGGAAGCUUAAGCGGCGGUGGCGGGGCGCUGGUGGCGGGACAGGGGGCGGAGGUGGCGUGUAGUGUUUGGGGGUCGCGGCCCCCACCCACCGUCGUGUGGUGGAUGGGUGCGCAGAAACUGACAAGCACCAGCAAGAAGGUGACAGAGGGCGGUAACCUGACUGUCGCGACGCUGCAGUUCACGCCUCGGCCAGAGGACGACGGAGCGAUGUUGGUGUGUCAGGCGGAGAACUCUGCGCUCGGGCAGCAGCCUCUACAAGACUCCAAACUGCUCUCUGUCAACUAUGUGCCGCAGGUUAGCGUGCGUCUGGGCAGGUCGCUUGACGCGACGCGCAUCAAGGAAGGCGACGACGUUUACUUCGAGUGCUCAGUACAGGCCAAGCCACCCAUCCUGAGCGUCGUGUGGAGGCAUAAUGGCCGAGAGCUGGCAGACGGACAAGGAGUGUUCGCUAGCAACAUGUCGCUGGUGGUGCAGGGAGUCACGCGUAGGAGCGGAGGCGCUUAUUCCUGCCACGCGCUCAACGCCCUCGGCACAGGAGGCUCUCCGCCCCUGUAUCUCGACGUCAAGUACGCUCCCGUAUGCGCAACGGAACAAGGUCGUCAGCACUCGGUUGGCAAGCUCGAAAAUGCCGAAAUCAGCUGCCAAGUUCACGCUAAUCCUCCCAACGUCAGCUUCAGAUGGACCUUCAAUAACACUGCAGAGGCAAUUGACGUGCCUAGAGGGAGGUUCGGAGUAUCAGGCACGGAGUCCCGAGUUAACUACACUCCCAUGACGGAACUCGACUACGGAACUCUUCUGUGCUGGGCCAACAAUUCCAUAGGCACUCAGGAGAGCCCUUGCGUCUUCCAAAUCGUGGCUGCUGGCAAGCCUGACCCUCCUCACAACUGCCAAGUGGUGGACGUGACCAUCAGCUCCCUGCAAGUGGCCUGUCAUGCCGGUGAUGAUGGUGGCAUGGAGCAGAGCUUCUUGCUCCAGGUUUUCCAAAUUGGCUCGACCUCUCCAGUGCUCGAAGUGCCCCGACCAUCUCCAUCGUUCAGCGUGACCAACCUGCGACCAGCCACCGCCUACAAAGUGGUAGUUGCCGCAAUAAACGAGAAAGGAGCUUCCAGAGCAGUUGAGCUCAAGGCUUAUACGGACCGUUUGCCUGAGACGCAAGAGGAAACAAGCGCGGAGCCAACACGGGACCGGGACCGCGUAUCGCAGCUGCCUAUCGCCGUGCUCAUCGGCACUGGCGUGGCUAUCGUGCCGCUCAUCGUCGCUGUCGUGGUCGUCGUGUGGGUGCGAGCCUGCCGACGCUCUUCAGUCCAGGCAAAGGCUGUCCAGCAUCGCAGAAGCGGAAGCGGAGGAGAAGAGAACGAGGCGAGACCUGCGAGCUCGAGCAGCUCCGGCGGCUUGGAUGGCGUCUGCUUGGGCAACUCGCUGGACACAAGCUCAGUUGAUGACAAGAAUCCUGAUAUCCUCUGUGACACUCCUGAUCCCACGGACUCUCGCACCCGACUUCUGGGUGACAUUUCCACGAUAUCUACGACCACGUCAGGAUUUUACCUCGGGAACGGCAGCCCUGCCUCUCACAUGAGUCAUUUAGGAGCUCACGGAUCGGCCAGCUGCAUGGACUACAUGCAGCUGAGCAGAGCUGCAACUCGCACGGGGCCCCCAAACAUGGCAUCGCUGUACAAAACUAGCAGUGACUGUGGUAGCCCGGUGGCUUCCUUGUCUCAAUCCAGCCACAGAGUCCAUAAUUCUGGGCCUCAUGAACAAAUUCUGGACGUGCCAUUGCCUCCUCCAGCGUCUUACAAUCAGGGAUACACGCCAGACGACCAAUGCAUCACGCAGCAGGCUGCUCUUUUUCACUCCAGCGACGGACGCGCGAUACGAAAUUGCAAAGAAGGGAUGCCUUCGACUCGGCGGCAAAUAAGUUUUGCAGAUCAAAGGAGUAAUCCAGAAGCACUUCCUCAUCUUCUUCAGGCGCAGCUCCAGCGCGGUGAUAGUUUUAAGCAACGGACAAAUCAGCAAUUUCAAAACGUAGAUAAUUGUAGCAAUAAUAAUAUGAAGCCUCUGGACAUGAGAUCUGCAAACGAUUGUCCAUCAUCGAUGUCAUGCACGCUGCCAAGACAGGGGUUGUCGUACCAUGUUGACCCCAUGCGCGGGUGCCAGCUUAUGCCACACGUACGAUGCGAGCCUAUGGACCAUCAUUCCAAUCGCGGGAACGUGAUGAUUGCUCACCCUCGACAACCUCUCCGCCCAUCAGAGGGUGAGUUAGACUCAUCGGGGCUCCAAUAUGGAACUCUGGGGAGGGUGAAACCCCGAGUGGCUGAAGUGAACAAUAAAAUAAGGCGGGAACUUAGAGCCAGCGCUUCCGAUUUAUCGGAACGUAAUAAGAAGUUCUCACCUGCCGACAUGAAUAAGCAAGAGAGUGCGGUGUAAUUCAGAGAAGUUUAAAAUUGAUGCAACAGAAAACGUUGUAUUUUUGGGUGAUUGAAUGCAAAUAUGUCAGGCUAUUAAAAAAAUCUGAAAAAUUCAAUUGACUGACUUAGUCAAUGAGCAGGGAACAUUUAUCUAAAUCAAUCAGAAUGCAUUCAAUGUUAAAAGCUGGUG